AUUGGGGUUGCAACAAAACAAAAGGCGUUUUCGUCACAAAUAAAAUGUCUAAAAUAUUUGAUUUUCUUUUGUGAAAUUUGCAAAAAAUAUACAUUAUUUUGUUUAAAAUAAAGUGGAAUAUGUGUUGAUCUUAUAGGAUGAAUUUUUUAUAUAUUUUUAUGCUAUUCUGUAAACAAGUAACAGAAAUAAACUUAUCAUCAAUUAAACUAUACAGGAAUUAUUUCUAAAUCUUAAGUCACAUAUUUAUCAAUAUAAAAUAAUAUUAAACAAACCCAAAAUAAAAUUAGUUGUAUUCAGUUAUGAGCAGAAGUUCUCAAACAUUAUUAGUGAUGGAACCUUUGGAAAUAGUUAUAAAAUAAAAUAAAACAGAUUUUUAUAUAUGUGCAUUACUAAUUACUAUCAUACUACAACAUGGUAAAACAGGAUUGAAAUUAUUUCCUAACAUCUGUAAAUAUAAAUAAAGUUUUUGCCAUUGUGUGUAAAAUCUAUAAUUGGUCACCAAAUUCUUUUCAUAACCACCCAAAUGUUUUUAAAUAGUCCUUAUCUGGAAUACGGAUUUUCAUGGCCAGAUGCUUUCUAGUUAAUGUUGCUGUUUAUGUUUAGAAAUGUUGAUACAAUUUUUUGGUUGCAGUGACUCUGUUAGAUCUCAUGGCUUCACUAUUCUGAUAGAUAUGAGAGGUUCAGCAUGGGCUGCUAUAAAACCAAUUUUAAAAGUUCUCCAAGAACAUUUCCCCUCAUCCGUCCAUCAGGCACUGGUUGUUAAACCUGACAAUUUUUGGCAAAAGCAGCGCACUACAAUAGGAGCACAUAAGUACAAGUUUGAAACAACCAUGAUUAGCUUAGAAGCACUUCCUAAAGUUAUAGAUAGUUCACAAGUAACAGCUGAUUUAGAUGGCACACUGCAAUAUGAUCAUUCUCAAUGGAUUGAUUUGAGAUUGGCAUUAGAGGAGCUCAUGUGGCAGGCAGGUGAACUAAUAGAUAGACUGGACGAUUUACAAGAGGAUGUGGCUCGAGCCGACUUUGCUGACGAUGUCACAGGAGCACGCCGCGCCAUAGAUGCACAUGCAGACAUAAGCAAACGCUUAGCUAAAGUACCCGUCGACGAGCUUGAAGCGCAAGGUUUGUGUGAUUGUAUAAUUGUCGACUCGUGAAUGUACUAACAUAUAUUAUUUUGUGUGUCAUUAUUGUAGUAAAUUAUAUUAAUAAAAACACUCUCACCAUCGCAAAUAAAUACGCUUUAAAAGACUUUCCAAGAUUUUAUAGUAAUUGUUUAUUUCUGUGGAAAAUGGAACUUUGACAAAAUAAAUAACCACAUGUAUUACCAAAUUUUUUUUAUAAAUAUUAAUAAUCAAAAAAUUAUUAUACAAAAUUACAUUAAUUGCUCAGAUCUCCAGAACCCA